AUGUCUCCCUGCGGAAGAUGGACGCUAAAUGUUACAGCUACUACUACUACUACUACUACUACUACUACUACUACUACUACUACUACUACUACUACUACUACUACUACUACUACUACUACUACUACUACUACUACUACUACUACUACUACUACUACUACUACUACUACUACUACUACUACUACUACUACUACUACUACUACUACUACUACUACUACUACUACUACUACUACUACUACUACUACUACUACUACUACUACUACUACUACUACUACUACUACUACUACUACUACUACUACUACUACUACUACUACUACUACUACUACUACUACUACUACUACUACUACUACUACUACUACUACUACUACUACUACUACUACUACUACUACUACUACUACUACUACUACUACUACUACUACUACUACUACUACUACUACUACUACUACUACUACUACUACUACUACUACUACUACUACUACUACUACUACUACUACUACUACUACUACUACUACUACUACUACUACUACUACUACUACUACUACUACUACUACUACUACUACUACUACUACUACUACUACUACUACUACUACUACUACUACUACUACUACUACUACUACUACUACUACUACUACUACUACUACUACUACUACUACUACUACUACUACUACUACUACUACUACUACUACUACUACUACUACUACUACUACUACUACUACUACUACUACUACUACUACUACUACUACUACUACUACUACUACUACUACUACUACUACUACUACUACUACUACUACUACUACUACUACUACUACUACUACUACUACUACUACUACUACUACUACUACUACUACUACUACUACUACUACUACUACUACUACUACUACUACUACUACUACUACUACUACUACUACUACUACUACUACUACUACUACUACUACUACUACUACUACUACUACUACUACUACUACUACUACUACUACUACUACUACUACUACUACUACUACUACUACUACUACUACUACUACUACUACUACUACUACUACUACUACUACUACUACUACUACUACUACUACUACUACUACUACUACUACUACUACUACUACUACUACUACUACUACUACUACUACUACUACUACUACUACUACUACUACUACUACUACUACUACUACUACUACUACUACUACUACUACUACUACUACUACUACUACUACUACUACUACUACUACUACUACUACUACUACUACUACUACUACUACUACUACUACUACUACUACUACUACUACUACUACUACUACUACUACUACUACUACUACUACUACUACUACUACUACUACUACUACUACUACUACUACUACUACUACUACUACUACUACUACUACUACUACUACUACUACUACUACUACUACUACUACUACUACUACUACUACUACUACUACUACUACUACUACUACUACUACUACUACUACUACUACUACUACUACUACUACUACUACUACUACUACUACUACUACUACUACUACUACUACUACUACUACUACUACUACUACUACUACUACUACUACUACUACUACUACUACUACUACUACUACUACUACUACUACUACUACUACUACUACUACUACUACUACUACUACUACUACUACUACUACUACUACUACUACUACUACUACUACUACUACUACUACUACUACUACUACUACUACUACUACUACUACUACUACUACUACUACUACUACUACUACUACUACUACUACUACUACUACUACUACUACUACUACUACUACUACUACUACUACUACUACUACUACUACUACUACUACUACUACUACUACUACUACUACUACUACUACUACUACUACUACUACUACUACUACUACUACUACUACUACUACUACUACUACUACUACUACUACUACUACUACUACUACUACUACUACUACUACUACUACUACUACUACUACUACUACUACUACUACUACUACUACUACUACUACUACUACUACUACUACUACUACUACUACUACUACUACUACUACUACUACUACUACUACUACUACUACUACUACUACUACUACUACUACUACUACUACUACUACUACUACUACUACUACUACUACUACUACUACUACUACUACUACUACUACUACUACUACUACUACUACUACUACUACUACUACUACUACUACUACUACUACUACUACUACUACUACUACUACUACUACUACUACUACUACUACUACUACUACUACUACUACUACUACUACUACUACUACUACUACUACUACUACUACUACUACUACUACUACUACUACUACUACUACUACUACUACUACUACUACUACUACUACUACUACUACUACUACUACUACUACUACUACUACUACUACUACUACUACUACUACUACUACUACUACUACUACUACUACUACUACUACUACUACUACUACUACUACUACUACUACUACUACUACUACUACUACUACUACUACUACUACUACUACUACUACUACUACUACUACUACUACUACUACUACGUAUUCCAACAUUCAACUCAUAAUUUGA